AUGUCCGUAUGCCAACCUUCUUUUGAACAACUCUGUGAUUAUAUCGAGGACGAUAAAAAGUCGAAUGUUUUCCCAGUCUAUAAAUUCUUGAGUGCACAUUAUCUUACACCACAUACUGCAUACCUCAAAUUAACUGGAGCACAAAGCAAACCUACGCAAUCGUUUCUUUUUGAAAGCGCAAGCAACGGUGAACAGGUGUCUAGAUAUUCCUUUAUGGGCGUUUCGCCAUACAAAGUUAUAAAGACAGGUCCUACUGAAAAUGUGGAAGUUGAUCCGCUAAAUAUACUAGAGGAGGAAUUAAAGGAUAUAAAACAAGCCCAACUACCUGGUGUUCCAAAAUUAAGUGGGGGAGCAAUUGGUUAUAUUUCUUAUGAUUGCAUCAAAUAUUUUGAACCAAAGACGAGAAAUGAUGAUUUAAAGGAUGUUCUAAAGUUGCCUGAAUCAUUUUUGAUGCUAUAUGAUCUUAUUGUUGCUUAUGACCAUGUUUUCCAAAGAUUUCAAAUUAUCAAUAAUAUUCACAUUAAUAGAGAAACAGAUAAUAGUGAUACUAUAAAAGCCAAGUAUGAGAAUGCCUUGAAGGAACUAGAGGUUAUUUCCGAAAUCUUAGAAAAUGGUGAAGUCAAGUUACCAGAACAGCCGAAAAUUACUGAAACCGAGAACUUCACAUCCAACAUUGGUCAGGAAGGUUACGAGGCAUUUGUUCAUAAAUUGAAAGAUCACAUAAAAAAGGGUGAUAUAAUCCAGGCUGUCCCAUCCCAGCGUAUUAAACGUCCAACAAAACUCCAUCCCUUCAACAUUUAUAGUCAUUUGAGGACCGUUAACCCAUCCCCAUAUAUGUUUUAUAUUGAUUAUCUAGAUUUCCAAGUUGUUGGUGCAUCUCCAGAAUUGUUAGUCAAAUCAGAUAUUAAUGAUAAAGUGGUUACUCAUCCAAUUGCCGGCACAGUUCGUAGAGGUAAGACAAUUGAGGAGGAUAACGAAUUAGCAAAUGAGUUAAGCUCUUCUCUCAAAGAUAGAGCUGAACACGUCAUGCUUGUCGAUCUAGCACGUAAUGACAUCAAUCGUAUAUGUGAUCCGACAACUACAAGCGUCGACAGUUUAUUGCAAGUCCAACGUUUCUCCCAUGUUAUGCAUCUUGUCUCUGAAGUCUCUGGUACCCUACGUUCCGAUAAGACAAGAUUUGAUGCAUUCAGAUCCAUUUUCCCUGCUGGAACAGUCUCGGGGGCGCCUAAAGUUCGGGCAAUGCAAUUGAUUGGUGAAUUGGAGAAGGAAAAGAGGGGCGUGUAUGCGGGAGCCGUUGGCCAUUGGUCUUACGAUGGUAAAACAAUGGAUACAUGUAUUGCUUUACGUACUAUGGUUGUGAAGGAUGGUAAUGCCUAUUUACAAGCUGGUGGUGGAAUUGUUUUUGACAGUGAUCCUUAUGAUGAAUACAUUGAAACAAUGAACAAAAUGAAGGCCAACAAUAAUACUAUUGUCGAAGCUGAAAAGUUGUACAUGUAA